AUGGAAGUUAGCAAAAAAGACGAAACGACAUUGCAAUCACCAGCCAUAAACACAGGCUUAACGAACGAUGCUUCUAGAGACUUGGAGAAAUCUACCGCAGAGCGGGGUGCAAUUGAAUCAACAAACGAACGAACCAAGCCCAAAGGAUUUUUGCCAUUUUUAGCAUUAGUGUCAAUUCCAGACAAUGCAAAGAAUGCGGAUCGUCGAUUGAAGCUUGGCCUCACUUCGAUUAUUUCUUUGGCGGCCAUGGCAGCUCCACUAGGAAGUACAAUUUUGAUGCCUGUUUUGAAAGACAUUGCUAAAGACUUGGACUCAACUCCUACAGUUGUCAAUUUGUCGGUUGCUUUCUACUCCCUCGCGGUAGCCUUCACACCUCUAUGGUGGUCCUAUCUCUCUGAGCAAUAUGGUCGCCGAGCCAUUUAUUUGAUCUCCUUUUUUCUGUUAGCAAUCUUCAACAUUUUGGCUGCUGUCAGUGUUGAUAUUGGCAUGUUCAUCGCCACUCGUGUCUUGGCUGGUGGAGCCUGCGCCAGCGUUCAAGCUGUUGGAGCAGGUUCUAUUGCGGAUCUCUGGGAUGUUAAAGAGAGAGGAAAGGCUAUGGGAAUUUUCUUCCUUGGGCCAAUGCUUGGUCCCCUUAUAUCGCCAAUAAUUGGAGGUGCUGUCGCUAUCAAAUGGAACUGGCGCAGCACUCAAUGGGUCAUGGUUAUCUACGGCUUUUUGGUCUUCCUUUUGGUCCUUUUCUUUCUCCCAGAGACAUCAAAUAUGGAAAGUCGUCAACAGAAAACCACUACCACGGAGAAUGAGAAGCAGCAAGGCAAAUCUGCGACGCGGUGGAUAUUCACAGUCAUAAAUGUGAUUAUUGCUCCAGUUAAAGUGUCUCGCUUGUUACGUUUUAUGCCAAUCCUGAUCACCGUUUUCUAUACCGGCAUAACCUUUGCGAGCUACUAUCUUGUUAAUAUCACCCUACAGACGGUUUUCUCAUCUUCGCCGUACUCUUAUUCUCCAUUGAUUGUUGGUUUGCUCUAUACGCCGAGCGCUUUGGGUGCAAUUAUUGGCUCAGUCUUGGGCGGGAGGUGGACGGAUUAUAUUAUGAAUCGAGAAGCGACAAAAGUCGGUCGAUAUGAUGAAAAUGGGAAUAUCCAGUUUCUUCCCGAAGACCGCCUGCGAGAGAAUGCUUGGAUUGCAGCGUUUAUAUACCCCGCGGCCUUGGUAUGGUUUGGAUGGACGGCCGACAAGCAUAUCUUUUGGUUUGUACCGUGUCUCGCCACGUUUUUCUACAGUUUCGGGAUGAUGCUAGUCUCCAACGUUAUGACCACAAUGCUCACAGAGUUUGUGCCCAAACGCUCGAGUACGGGAGUAGCAGUCAAUAAUCUCUUGCGCAAUUCAUUAGCUUGUAUUGCGCUCGUGGUUGCUGAUCCGCUGGCUAAUGCUAUUGGCACCGGGUGGUUGCUAACGAUGGCUGCGUUCAUUUGCUGGCUUAGUGGUCUUGUACUCAUUCCGAUGAGGUUCUAUGCAGACAGAUGGAGCAAAGAUAUGGCCGAGAAGCUUCCAGCGCUUUCGUUAUAG